GUCUGUAGCUCCUGUCCCGGACAGUCACAGCUGAGUCGUUUGCCGCCAGUGAUCGCAGGGGUGAUCGAGCUGGAGAAGUGGUGAACUUCGGUGAUCCUGUAAAACGGUUGCUAGCUGUAUAAGUAGGUACUACAGAACCCUUGAGUGCAAGCGUGGGAGAACGUCAUCUGCUAAGGAAGAAUCUCACUAGCUACUGUAUUUCGAGACGACAUUAUGUCGCUGCCCCCAAGAACCAUCAAAUGUGUCCUGAUUGGGGAUGACAAUGCCGGAAAGACGAGCCUCAUGCACACGUACGCCUCGGGUCGGCGGCCGUCGCCGUCGUCCUCCUGCCUGGAGAGCCUGUCCAAGAUGGUGCACGUGACGGCCCACCACCUGAACGCCACCUACGAGCUGCAGCUGUUUGACACGCUGUCGGGCGCCGGCCAGCUGCGCUCUCGGCUCACGGCCUACUCGGCCUACCGGGACACGGACUGCGCGCUGCUCUGCGCCGACCUCACCGAGCCGUCCAGCUGGCGCAGGCUCGAGGCCGACUGGAAGGCCGAGCUGGACACCCACCUGGCCGGCGUGCCGCUCGUCGUGGCCGGCACCAAGGCGGAGGCGCGCGACGCCAUCGAGGCCAGCGACGCCGGCGCCGGCGAGGCGAUGGGCUCCGAGCGCGGUCGGCGCGUGGCGGCGCGACUCGGAGCGGCCGCCUACCGCGAGUGUAGCACCGUCACCGGCGACGGCGUAGCGGCCGUGUUUGCCGACGUGCUGGAGGCGGCGCUGCACCCUCAGCGCCGCCUGCCCACCCGGCCGCUGAGUGUGCGCGACCUCUGGGACAAGUUCACGGCCCGAUAGCCGCCGCAGGAGGUCAGCUGCCGCCGCCGCCGCUGGUCGGAGGUCAGCUGCGGUCAUCGGCGCCGGCCAGCUUGUGUUCUUCCGGUGUCAGUGAAGCUACAUGUUUUCCUGCUACGUAAGCAGCGGGAUGAGGACUGGAAAGCUCAGUUCCGACGGUGUUUCACCAACAGAGGGAGCACAUACCGUUAGGUUGGUGUUGUUUACAGUGAACAUUGACAUUGGAGGCUUUUCUGACAAUUUUAUGAAUGAAAUGUGCUGCUGAAGACCCGAUAUUGUUAAGAUACGAUAGGACACAUUUACAGAACGCUAUGUAUUGGGACUAUUUCUCGAUGCUUUUGAAUACAUUUGUCACAAAAUUG